AUGCAUGACGUUAAAAGCAGAUAUUACAAUAAUAAAUUUCCCAUCAAAACUAUUAAAUUAUUAAAAAAAAUAAUUGAAAAUAAUCAAAUGGAUCUAUCUUUUAUUAGUGAAGACUUAAGAGAUGAGAUUCAAAAAAUAGAAGAAGAUAUACUAUUUAUCUUAGACUAAGUACACAACAAUCGCUAAUAUAUCAAUAAGCAUUUCUAGAAUUGCAUGGUUAAUUAUUUCUUAAGAAAUUUAAAUUUCCCUCUUCUCAGCGAUAUAGAGCCUAGUUAUACCUGUUCAAAAACUAUGAAUAACGCAAUUUUAUAAAAAUACAUCAACUCUGAAGGUGCUAUCUAUCUUAAACUUAUGAAUGGUUAUUUACAGGAGAUAUAGAUUCUAGGAAAGCUGUAACUGUAUCGCUAAACGCUGGUAGAGAUGAUAAUGAUAACUGUUAGCUCAUCUAAAUACCGAUCCACUGAGAAAGGUGUUUUACCAGAAAGUGAUUUAAAAAAUAACAAAGAGUAUCAAUCAGAAAUAUGGAAAAAAGCUUUUAGCUUAUUUUUACUAUUUCACAGUUAUAACCAAAACAUAAAAGGGAUAUUUGAAAUAUGGAACUCGCUGUUUCCACAUAACCAAAUAACAAGAAAAAGAAAACAAAAUAUUAACCAUGUAAUUGUGGUACCUACGAGAAGCUAAUCGUAGACUGACAAAUAUAUAAAUGCUUCCUCUGAUUAACAAAAGUAAGAACAAUAAGAAGAAGAUGAAGAAGAAGAAGUGCAGUAAAGUUCUGAUACCAUAAGUCCUAAUUUAUCGAGUUUUGAAUCAGAAAAUACAUUCUUUUUAAAUCUAACUCAGUGUUGCACUAAUCUACAUUUUAAAAAUAACACUGGAGAUAUUUCCUUCCUGAGAAGCUCAGAAAAUUAAGAAAUCUAUGAUAUGUAUGAUCACCAACUAAAUAUGAGCCUUAAAAAGGAUUAUUUGGUAAAAUCAAAUGCUACUGGGUAUGCUGAAAUAAAUCCUACUUUUCCUCUUCUCCAUUAAAGAAAUGAGGAUGCUUCGGAUGAAAGCUAAAACUCAAGUAUAUUUAUGAUUCAAAGAAUCUCUUCAAAAUUAAAAAAUGAGAAAAGACACACACCUCCGUAAAACUCAUGCAGCUUAGGAAGGAAAAUAAUCAAGCUGGAUGAUAAAGACACAUAAGAUGGUUUUUUUGAUCCCUUCUAAUAAAUACCUAAGCUUCCUUUUUCUGAAGAAAGUAUUUUAGAUAUUUAAGAUAGUAUUGGUGGAGUUUCAUCUUCUUUAGACCCUAUUAAUUAGAUAUAUCAAGAUCAGAAAAAUAGCUUUUAAUCUUGA